UUUGUACUGAAUAUUUUAUGUUGCAGGAAAAUGGCCAGGAAAGGUGGUAGAGUUUUAUUGGGUUUCGAAGAUGAGAUAAUCACAGAAAAACACAAGUCUUUUGUUAAUUUUACAACAAAUAAAAUCGGUGGUAAACCGGAUUGGCCAUGCGAUGGAAUUCCGACUCCGUCGUGUCAGUUGUGUGGUCUCGUACUUCCACUGAUCGUACAGAUUUAUGCUCCACUCGAAAAUUCUCCGUACCACAGAACUUUAUAUAUUUUUGGUUGCAUAAAUCCAAACUGCUGGAAUCAAAGCGAAAGCUGGAUCUGUGUGCGUAGCCAAACAGUUGAUACUGCUUCUGAUACUGGUGUUGCCUCACCAGCAGUCACUGUCAAUACUGGAACUACUACUGACUGGUGCCAAGAGGCUGAUGAUUGGGAUGAUGACAACAAUGUUAACAACAAUGAAGAAAAUGGUAAUGUAAUAGCUUGCAUAAAAAAUGUGGAGAGCUGUGAACAUGUGUCAGAUGAUGAUAAUGAAAUGGAAGAUAAUCAGUGUGACCUGAGAAUGCAGCUUGGGAAUCUGAACCUCGAUGAAAGGAAUGCCAAUUGUGGAGAACUGAAGGGCGGAGCAGGAAUUCAGGAAGGAGGAGCUGUUGGAUGUCUCAUUUCUCCAGCAGCUACAGCAGAGAUAGAAGGAGAUGAAGGUGAAGUGGUCAGCAUUGAUACACCAACAGCCCCUCAACAUGACCUUAUAGCAUUGCUUCAAGAAACAGCACCUUUGCCAGCAGUUCUCAGAAACUCAAGUGAAGCAAGUGGACAACGAAUGCCAUCAUCCUGUUCACUUGAAUUUGCUCCCUACUUCAUAAGUGUUGAUGAGGAGAAUUUGGGUGGUUCGCCAUCAAUUACUCCUCUUUCAGAACAUGUCCGAGAAUUGUUGCAAGAGUAUCAGCAAAAUAGUGAGGAAGGUUCAUUUAGUCCAGAGCAAGAAAAAAUGGUUUCCGUGGGUCAAGGUGACCAGUUAACACAAGAAAAAUAUGAAAAAAGUAUUCCAGCCCAUGGCGAUAAAAUGUUCCAUCAGUUCCUGCUUCGCAUACAGCGUAAUCCAGGUCAGAUUAUAAGGUAUUGCCGAGAAGGUGGUGGGCCAUUAUUGCUGCAGCCAGUGAAUGAAUCACCAGCAAGGUGUUCACAUUGUCUUGGUGAUAUGAUGUUUGAGCUGCAGCUGCUACCUACACUGAUUCCUCGACUACGUUUAACAGUAGCUUGUUCAGGAGAGGGUGUGUCUUCAAGUUCCCAUGUAGAAUAUGGAACUGUGCUUAUAUUUACGUGUCGUCGCAGUUGCUGGUCUGCUGGAGACUCAUUCCGUAAUGAGCGCAUCAUUGUUCAGUCUGAAAAUGUCAUUUAGGGAAACAGAUGUAGCACUGUAUAAUUUUGACAGGCAUUCUUUUGUCUUUACACUUUGAGAGGUGAGGAACACCUUUGCCAGACAGUGUUUUCCAGUCCUUCUCAAUGAACCUAGUCUACAUAACUCUUUAUGCAUUAUUUGUCAUUGGGUGUAAUCUGUUGCCAUAUGAAGCUGACUUUACUCUUUCUUUUUUUUCCCUAGAUAAGUGAUAUCAUGAUUUUUAAUGUCCAGUAAAGUUUUCAGAAACAGUGGCUCAUAUACUCUCUGAAGAUGCAGCUGGGAGAGUAAGGGCAAAGUGGAGCAUGUCAGUGCAAGAGCCUGAUGUUGAGGUCUCAGACUGGAAGGUAGAAACAGAGAUAAUACAGACACAAAUAUUGGUAAAAAGUAUGUGCUACUACCUUUUAAUAGUUGGAUGGGGUGGUUAAAAGUGUGUGUUUCUGGAUGUGACUGUUUUGUCAUAUCCAUAUACUGUAUUUGUUUUAAAGGAUCUGUCAGCACACAAAUUUUUACCUGUGCUCUGGUUUUUUCAAUCCAAGUGAACUCUAAAUCUAGUCCAAGUGAACUCUAAAUCUAGCACACUUCAGCCUUUUGAUUAGCUUGUUCACUCACAAAAAGUACUGUUUUAAAAUGACAUUAUUAUUGAAGUUUUUUCAUAAGAAAUGCAUUAUUGAAUGUGUUACCACAACUUAAAAUUAGAUGAAGUAUCCAAAAUAGUGUCUUUAUUGCUGUUUGCUUGUAGUAUGUCCCAUUUUUUCUUCUUCUUCUUUUGUAAUCUGUAGAUUCCAGAUCUGUAAAUUUCAGGAUACUUGUACAAUUAAUGUAUUAUUACUAUUUAUAGUAAAGUGUUAUGGAUUCUAAUUAUUGUCAAAAUGAGAUUUUGUUUAUGUUGUUGUGUUUGCUUGAAAGGUCAUCUUAAAAAGAAUGAAGAACUGGACAUUCAUGCGAUUUUGCCAUUAUGUGAGCUGUGUGUGAAAUUUUUUUAACCAGCAAAUAGCAAUAAAUGUAUGGUAGCUUAAUAUAUAAUUAGUUUAUUCGUCUGUUUCAACAGUUCUGGCACUGACUCACUUGUCCAGCUGCAUGUAAAAUACUUUUCAAGAAAUAGAACAAGAUUUCAUGAGAGGUUUUUUCUUUAGAAUUUUUUUCUCAGAUGGAUUAAUAAUGUUUAAACAUAUAGGUAUUUCAUUCUGCAACAUAUUCAUGUAUUAGUAAUGAUCAACAGAAGUCAGUUUAUAUUUAUAAAGCUUAAAAUUCGUUAGGAAAGAAAAAAAUGUAUAUUUAGACUUGCUAGAGUACCUGUUCUCCAUUUUAUUGAAUGGUAGCUAGAAUUUAAUGUUUUACUGACUGAAUGGGUGGAUUUUUGUCUGAUGUCAAUCCCUCCACAUAAUUGAAGGGCUUAAGAAAGUUUGUAAAUAAAUUGUAAAAGUGUUCAUUGUAUUAUCUUGAGGAUAAUAGACUCGAAAAGCUACCUGAAGGAAGAAAUCAGUAAUGCACCAAACUUGAAUGAACAAUUUCAAGUGCUGCACUGAUGGACAAUGGGAACUUAAGUGCAUUAGAAAAAUAAUGAUUUUAAUGCACAAAAUUUUUCCACGAGCUUCAGAAUGAUCCUUGAGGACUUGUCAAAUAUUGCUUGACAACUAUAAAAGUGCUCAACCUGUUGUAACUAUACUGUGAUGUAUAAUAAACAUCUAGGGAGCGUAAGAAACACGUCUAGUCAAAAAAACCUAGAUCGUACUGCAAAAGGAUCAUUGUGGGAGGAGCUAUAUUGAUAAGUUAUGAAUUUUAUGUAUGUAACUAUAAUAUACUAGAAAAGUAGAAGGCCCUUUGGCACAUGAAAGUGAUAGUGAAAUUGGUAAUUUAUGAAAGUAUACCAGAAAAUAUUAUUAUAUAGCAGAAACAAUAAUAUUUAUCUUUUUAAUUGAAAUAAUAAUAAUAAUAACCUGUAAUCAGACAUUGUUGCUCAUAUUGAAAGUUGUUGGAUACAGAAUUCUAACAUUUCGUUUGCAUUGCUCUGAUACAUUUUACCAAUACAUUAGUUUUAAUAGGACUUGUUUGACAUUAUGUGUUGGCAUCUUAUUUUAGUUGCAGCACAGAUGUUAGACUUUUGCUUUUGUGUGGAACUAAUCAUUCCAGUUUUUAUAGGUAUGCACAAUCACACGAA